AAUGGCAACGGCAACAAAUCUAUGAGAAGUCCCAACUCUAUCUCUAUCAUUUGUUGUCCCGCACUGAAUUAAGUGCGUUUGGUUUUGUCCUUAAAUUUCUACGAAGUCCCUACACCACACGCCAAGAUGGGUAGGGAGGACAAGGCUACCUGGAAGACUAACUACUUCACCAAAAUCAUCCAACUCUUAGACGAGUACCCAAAAUGUUUCAUCGUGGGUGCAGACAACGUAGGCUCGACCCAAAUGCAGCAGAUCCGUAUCUCGCUGCGUGGUCACAGCAUCGUCCUUAUGGGCAAGAACACCAUGAUGCGCAAAGCCAUCAAGGACCACUUGGAAACCAACCCAGCUCUUGAGAAACUGUUGCCACACAUCAAGGGAAACGUUGGCUUCGUGUUCACCCGCGGAGACCUCGUUGACGUCCGUGAUAAGCUGCUGGAGAACAAAGUGCGUGCUCCUGCCCGUCCUGGUGCCAUCGCCCCUCUGUCCGUCGUCAUCCCUGCCCACAACACCGGUCUGGGUCCUGAGAAGACCUCUUUCUUCCAGGCUCUCUCCAUCCCCACCAAGAUUUCCAAGGGUACCAUUGAAAUCAUCAACGAUGUGCACAUCCUGAAGCCCGGUGACAAGGUCGGUGCUUCCGAAGCCACCCUUCUCAACAUGUUGAACAUCUCUCCCUUCUCGUACGGUCUUGUUGUUAAGCAGGUCUACGAUUCCGGCACCAUCUUCGCGCCAGCUAUCCUGGACAUCAAGCCUGAGGAUCUUCGCGAGAAGUUCAUGGCUGGUGUUGCUAAUGUAGCUGCGCUGUCUUUGGCCAUUGGUUACCCAACUGUGGCCUCUGCUCCUCACUCCAUUGUCAACGGAUUCAAGAACUUGCUUGCCAUCGCUGCCGUCACCGAGGUUGAGUUCAAGGAGGCUCAGACCAUCAAGGAGUUCAUCAAGGACCCCAGCAAGUUCGCUGCCGCCGCCGCCCCUGCCGCUGCAGCUGCCGCCCCGGCCGCUGCUGCUGUUGAGGAGAAGAAGGAGGAGAAGGAAGAAUCGGAGAGCGACGACGACAUGGGCUUCGGUCUCUUUGACUAAGCCUGUUCGUGAGGCAGAGACUACCCGUACACGACCGAUAGGCGUGUAGGAACUGUUCGGGAUGUCAAAGCCUCUUCGUCGAGCCCGUGGCUGCAACCACGUAUGGGAACGGUCAACGCCGCCGGGUCUGGACACCUAUAUGGCGGCCGGCUUGUUCUACAUUUUGUGCUUGUAAUAAAUGCCACCUGAACUAUA